AUGAUGUCCCCAAGGAGUUUCCUUUACUACAAUAGGCAGCCCUCGGCCUCGACCACCCCUCCACCAUCUUCUCCCUCCCCUUCGAAUCUCACGCGCAAACCGACCAACAACAGCUACGCCGCCAGCCCGAGAUCAUCCAUUGCUACUACUACGACUGCUGCUGCUGCUAUCACGAAGACGACGACAACAACCACUCCCGUCAUCAUCCCCAGGACGGCUUUGCCUUCUGCCCUACUGGAUCGGAAAAAGGAUGCUCAGAACGUGUCCGUCACCCUCACGCCUAUCCCUACCUCUUCCAUUACCACCUCAGCUACCAUGGCCAAAAGCAAGGAUGCUCGCCGCGAAACUUCUAAGUUGGCGCCUUCGAGCCCUCCUCGGACAACAACAAGCGUAAACACCAGACCGACGACCCCGACUACGCCUGUUCAGAUUCCCUCAAAAUCAAAGGCGACCCCGUUUUACACCUCUAGCCGCCAUGCGCAUCGGAAGCCCUCCCGGCCGAGGGAUGUUCACUCACCGGACGCCGUCCCGCCUGCCAUGCUGGCCUUGCUGGCCGUCACUGAUAUUCCUAGACCUCGACGCAGCUUGAGGCAGAGGCUAUCCAGGGACCAGGCAAUGACUCUGGAAGCUGUUAUCGAGAGACAGCAAGUCUGCGAAAAGGAACUUAGUCUCACUUUCGGCAAGAGCCCCCUAGACUUGCUGUUAUCGCCACCCGACGACCUGACAGACGAUGAUAUGUCAGUCAGCGAUAGCGGUCUUGGUUCCGUGUUAUCUACCAGAACUGUUUCUGUGGAAUCGGUUCCUUCACUAGGCGAUUCUUUUUCCACCGACACACUGUCGUCGGUCGAGUCACCUUAUGGAUCCAGCCCGCGGAGGAAGCGCUCCCGCCAACCCAGGCGUUCGCUGGAGCCCAUCUCAUCUCCUCCCGGUCAGCCCGAGGACCACCCACUGUCCCGCGACCGGGUCAGCGUCGACGAGAUUGACUUUAGAGUGUUCGACGAGUCUCAGGAUGAAGAGGACACCAAGUCAGAGUUCUCAUUCUCUGACUACACUUUCCCGCUACGCCCUCUCAAGUCAGCGUUCAAGUCCAAUCUGACUGCAUCACUCCGCGCCCUGCGCUCGGCUGCACGAUCUAUCUCAGCCAUUAACUUUUCGUCUAUCCCGCCCGACGAUUUCCUCACGAGAUCCAUUCUCACCAUCGACCCCAAGGUGCCUUACACGGAUGAGCGAAGGCCACCAGUACUCGAGGAGGAGCCGUCGGCUGCGUUGCGCCGGUACCUGAACCCCACGACAAACGCUCGAAUUGAGCCCCACCCUGUAGCGGCCACUACGCCGACGGGCACGCGAAGCUUUACUGCGUCUAUCCAGAUGCAAACAUACAAGGUUCAGAAAAGCCGGAGUGCACCACCCACAUCAACUCGGAGCCCCUCCCCGGCGACAUCGGCGGUCACGACUCAGUCAACACCUUAUCAGCCCCCAGCACAAUCUCCGACCCAGACCGCAUUCACGUAUCCUCCAGGAGGCAUGCGUCAGCGAGAGAUGCGGGAGAACUCGGACUUCAUUCGUAUCGCAGUCAUGGAAAUGGCGAUGCGCAAGCAGGGCAAACUCGACGACCAACGGCCGGGCCGCGCUCGCUGGGCGUUACCGCCGCGAAAGGCCAGCGUACGCCCUUACGAUGUUGGUAGCGACGGCGUCCCAGCACGAUGGAUCCCAGUGUCGCAUUGA